GAGAGGUUUCGCGAUUGGCCGCGUUCAAAGGCUCAGCUCGCCCAUCUGGAAGUCGUCGGUGAUAUCCCUGUGGCUGCGUAAACGCGUACACGGAUCCCCGUGUUGUUGUUCCAAUAAAUCGGUCGGCUUAAAGAGACCUCGGAGGCACGGCGUAAAAAGACCGGCGGGGUCCAGCGAAAGUGCGAAUAAAUUGCGAGCACAGCGAAGGCUUGGCAGGAAUUAUACCGACUCGCGGUGAGAAAACGCAAAAAGUGACCGGCGAGGCCGACGGACGGAGGACAAAAGCAAUUAGUCCCUUUGAUAAGUGUCAAUUAAAAUAAUUCCUCCCUGAAAGGAGGAACAAAUUGUAACAGAUGGCUCCCUUUGGACUUGCGUUACCUGUACACUUCGAAAAAGGGGACGAUCUGCUUCGAAAAAGAAAUCCUCUCGAGGAUGUCGCGCCUAUUGUGCGCCAUUCGCGCGGCAAAGUUACGCGGAUCGAACUAAUGUCACCGAUGACGGAAUUUAAAAUAGAAUAUGCAAGUGAAUUCGUGAGGUGGGUACGAGAACGAGGAAAGAGCAAGAGAGAGAGAGAGAGAGUGGUGGUAAGCGAGCGCGUAAGAGAUGACGAGGAGCAAGAGAAAUAGAAGGACGCGUUCCUCUCCCAGUGGGAGGUACUAAAAUUAGAGAAGCCCACGCGGGUAACAGUUUCUUCUUCAAGCUUCCUACAGACAUUUUCAAAUAGUCCUUUACGCCGAUAACACGACGUGUUUUCGCGACGUCUCCGCUGUCAGUCGCCGCGACUCGGCGCCGUGAUUCUGUGUUCGAUUUCGAUUGGCCUACGAGUCGACUUCCUCGGAAGAACACCGUCGCCUCCUUUGGAAUCUAUUCAACGUCCAGGCGACUCCGGGAUCUUCCAACUGGCAACGAACAAUCGGUUUCUUUCCCUUUUUAUUAUCGACGAUUAUCGUUGUCGGGACGUUGUCGAUCCGACGUGAAAUUAUUCGGAAAGCAUCGAUCGGUAUAUUCCACGUCUCCAGUUUCGCUUCAACCGGUUCUAGUGGCAACGAAUACAUCAUUCGUCGACGGGAAGUGACGGGAUCCUUCGCUGUUAUCGUUAUCGUUACCGAGACACGAUAUCUUCGGGACGAACCAGACAUGGGCGAUAUUUCAUUCGAAUGACGGAUUAAUAAAAAGAUACGGUCCAAUUCCUGUUUGCAUGGUACUCUGUUUUACAUGAUUUUCAGAAUAACUAAGUUUUAAAGAUUUUACAUUGAAAACAUGUUUGGUCAGUCAUUCUUUAGGACUGUUGGUUUGUUAUAAUGACAUGAAGUCUACAAAAUUGGAUUCCCUAUCCGGAGCAGAACCUGCUCGGCCGUCGAUCUCCCUAUCAAUGAAAUCCUCCUCGUGUCGUCGUCGCGUUAAGUGAUUCCACGACGUCGAUCCUCUUCGUUAUUCGAGGGCUUCGUGAUUCCUGGAGUGGCUACUUCCGUUGAAUCUGACGGUAUGCGUCUCGAUCGAUCCACCAUCGAGUCGUCGAUCUCCAUACGCUCGCUCCUGAUGGUUCUGGUUUUUCUAUCGGCGAGCAUCGAACGCGUCGAGGGAAGGAGAUGCGUGUGUACCAGCAAGGCCUGCAAGGAAGCAGGGGUGGACACGUGCAAGACGAAAUUUUCUUGUUACACAGAGCUGAUACUAACUGGGGAUCAAAAGUUCGGGGAGAACGCCACAACGAGAGGAUGUACAGAGGGUGCCACGCCAUUGUUGUGCGAGACAAAGUCCUGGGUCACGAGGUCGAAGUCGAACGACAACGCGGACCGAUCGUCAGCUGCCUGGAUCCGUAUGCCCUGGCCCAGAUUAAAGUGUUGCGACACCCACGACUACUGUAACGCCGACCAUCGCGUCAACGUGUCCACGUGGACCCACGACGAAGAGAGGCCCGAUGUCGAGGAACCAACUCUGAACUAUCCUGGCGCGUUUAAUGGGAUAUCGUCGCAUCGAGACGUAAUGGGAUCGAUCCAGCCCGAUCCAGGGCCGACCGCCGGAGGCCGAGAAUCAUCGGAUCAGCUUCUUCAGAAUCGCGUUAAGCCGCUCCACGUCGCCGCUCUGGUCUUGGCGAUCGCUGCCCUGAUAUCGGUUCUAGCAGCCUGCUACGUUAUUACAAGGUUCUUGAAGACCAAUCCGUACACUGUUGGCAGUGUGGAGUAACGCGGAUUUCGAAUCGACGUUCUUCGAGAUCAAUUUGCAAUGGGUAUUUUGCAUCCUCUCGCUGCUGAGCCGAAUGCGUCGAGAUGAUGGAUGCGCGGUUUGGGGAAUGGAUCCCAGGAAUCGUGGGAUCCCACCCAGCGGUUUCGAGAGUCAUCGACUGCAUGACGAGGCACCACGGGGGACAGUUCCGAGCAAACAAGUCGUCGAAAUCUUUUGUUUCGAGCGCUAUGACUAACGUCGGUGCUCGAAUCCCGUGUACCUGGUAACAACACGGGUCUGGGACCAGGUGCUUCGGUGUUUCCAUGUAAUUAGUCAUCCGUGGAACACGCGUAGCAGGGAGGAAGCAAAUAAAGAGAGAGAAACACGGGGAUUCGGAGAGUCGGACGUAAGUACGCCAUGACGGAUGAAAAGUAAAUUCAACGGUGGCCAACCAUCUGUGUGUAUGGGUAUGCAUGGGUGUGCGCGUCGAACGCGAUAAGAUAAUUGUACGUGCGGGAAACUGCAUUCCCGUUUCGAAGUUUUAUUUACGAUUGUAUAUAACGUAUGCAGUUGGUGCGAGAAAUGGGGCACGCGAGGAAUAGUAAAUUUUAUUACGUUUCGUGGACGAACGUUCGAAGAAAUCGCAAGUUGAUCGAUUGUAACGUAAGGGGGUCUUCUAAUAUAGAGUGGUGGAAGCUGAGAAUAAGCGUUCUCGAACUGGAACAUAUAGCAGAACAAGAAAUUUUGUUUUGCUUGAUUAAUAAAAAAAAGAUACUACGGGAGGUAUGGGCAUAAUUUUAUUACAAUAAAUAGGUAUUCAUGUUUUUCAUUAAAUAUUAAAAUAUCAAGGUGCGAGCUUUAUCGAUAUGGAAAUGGAAAUUGCUCAAUGAAUUUUUUUUUAACAUUGUUGGUGAUAAUUCUCUCAAACUUUACACGUUUACUUAUCUAUGUUUAAAGGAAACAUGUAUAGUUUUUUCUACAAAGAAAUGUUAACUUAUUCGAAAAUUAUCGAUGUAAAAUUAUCGAUUCAAAUAAAAUUGAUAUUCUAGAUGUAAUAACUUUCGAAAAUGUAACAUAUCUCAUUUCAACACAGGUUACUUUAAACUUCCAAAGUCCCAUCUACUUUUCACUUGUACCCAUAACUUACAAAGAUGUACCACAAUUCUAAAUCACCUCAAGCAGUAUAACUAUAGCAUUAGUUUCGCAAACAACUGCGAUAAUGUGAUCUACUACUUUUUUUUGUAAUUAAGUUCAAUGCCCGUAAAGCCCAAGUAAACAAGAACAAGCAAAA